CGAAAAGACCUCAGCGACCACGGAUUCACUUUACAGAAUGAUUUCCCCCAAGAUGCCAGGGCUGGGGAGUGGCUGAGUCCAGCCUGCGGCACUUUCCACUGCAGGAGGCGGGAGCUGUGCAGGCGCAGCAGAGCCGAGGUCCUGCAGAGCCUGGGGCUGAAGAGGACGCCUCUCGGAGGAGGGGAGAAGGCUCGCGGCGGGGAAUUUAAGGGACACUCUGAGGAAAUGACGAGCGCAAUGAAGAGAGAGCUCUUGUGUGUCCUGCUACUCUGUGGGGCUGUCUUCAGUUCACCCAGCCAGGAAAUCCACAGGCGACUCAGGAGAGGAGCCAGAUCGCACAGAGGUGGAGUGACCUGCAGAGACGAGAAAACACAGCUGACGUACCUGCAACAUGAGUCCUGGCUGCGGCCCCUGCUCAGGGGCAACAGGGUGGAGCACUGCUGGUGCAACGGUGGCCAGGCCCAGUGCCACUCGGUGCCCGUCAACAGUUGCAGCAAACCUCGGUGCUUCAAUAGGGGGACAUGCUGGCAGGCCCUCUAUUCCUCAGAGUUUGUCUGCCAGUGCCCUGAAGGGUUCAUCGGGAAACGCUGUGAAAUAGAUGCCAGCGCCACAUGCUACAAGGACCGGGGCGUCACCUACAGAGGCAUGUGGAGCACAGCGGAGAGCGGGGCCGAGUGCGUCAACUGGAACAGCAGCAGCCUGGCCAUGAAGCCCUACAGUGGGCGCAGGCCUGAUGCCAUCAGGCUGGGCCUCGGGAAUCACAACUACUGCAGAAACCCAGACCAAGACUCAAAGCCUUGGUGCUACAUCUUCAAGGCAGGGAAGUACAUCUCCGAGUUCUGCAGCACGCCAGCCUGCGGCAAGGAUGAUGGGGACUGCUACCAGGGGAAAGGGCUGGCAUACCGCGGCACCCGCAGCCUCACCACGUCUGGGGCCUCCUGCCUCCCGUGGAGUUCCAGGAUCCUGGUGGGCAAGAUUUACACUGCCUGGAAGAGCAACGCGCAGGCGCUGGGCCUGGGCAAACACAAUCGCUGCCGGAACCCAGAUGGGGACGCCCAGCCUUGGUGCCACGUGCUGAAGGAUCGCCAGCUGACGUGGGAGUAUUGCGACGUGCCCCAGUGCGUCACCUGUGGCCUGAGACAGUACAAGCAUCCCCAGCUACGCAUCAAAGGAGGCCUCUUCACGGACAUCACCUCCCACCCGUGGCAGGCCGCCAUCUUCGCCAGGAACAGGAGGUCCUCAGGAGAGCGGUUCCUGUGUGGGGGGGUCCUGAUCAGCUCCUGCUGGGUUCUGUCGGCCGCCCACUGCUUCCAGGAAAGGUACCCUCCCAACCAUCUCAAGGUGGUCCUGGGCAGGACUUACCGGCUGGUCCCUGGAAAGGAGGAGCAGACAUUUGAAGUAGAAAAAUACAUCGUCCACAAGGAAUUCGAUGAUGACACUUACAACAAUGACAUAGCGCUGCUGCAGCUGAAAUCGGACUCACUGACCUGCGCCCUGGAGAGCGACGCCGUCCGCACCGUCUGCCUCCCAGACGCCGGCCUGCAGCUGCCGGACUGGACAGAGUGCGAGCUGUCUGGCUACGGGAAGCACGAGGCCUCUUCUCCAUUCUAUUCCGAGCGCCUGAAGGAGGCCCAUGUCAGGCUGUACCCAUCCAGCCGCUGCACUCCCCAGCAUUUGUUUAACAGGACUGUCACCAACAACAUGCUGUGUGCCGGAGACACACGAGGCGGUGGGGACCAGGCAAACCUGCACGACGCCUGCCAGGUAAACACGAGCGUCUCUCCUCCCCUGAGCCGACCCCUCCAAGGGCAGAAGUACUCCUCGGCCGACAGGUUCUUAACCAAGAAAAAAAGUGAUAGCCGGAAAGCAGUGAUUCAUCUCAGGGAGGUGCUGGGCAUCUAGAUGAGGACCUCAGAGAAUAAAGCAACUGGAGCAAGAUCAAAGUCAACCAAACUCAAGAAAUCUAAGCUGCAGGAAAUUUCCCCAGUGUCUGCACCAGAACCACCACCUGGUACAGGAUUUCCUGUAGUUAAGCCCAGGCAAUUAAAUG